AUGACGGUCUCGUACAACCUGGAUGUGUCAUCGUCGAGGUCAUGGACCUUUCUCAAGUUGAUGUUCCGAUGGAAGGGCUCGAUCUGGAAGAAUGUGCUCAGCGAGUUUUGUUGGUGGAUCAUCGGCUAUUACGUGUGCUACGGGUUCAUCAGGAUCUUCGAAAAGGACAAUAGAUUGUGAGUUGGGAACAAAGGUUCAAUAUAAGUCUGUCAGGAAAAUAAUGAGCACUUUGUUGCAUCGAAAAUAGCAUCGCCGCCGAGAAAAUGAAUUGCGUCGCGGCAAAAUCAAGUUGAAAGUUUUGCGCGGAAAGGAACCGAUUUUUUGUGGAAAAAUUACAGGCUACGCCGACAGACUGAAAAUUAUCAGCCUGUCUGGAAAAUAACGUGCACAAUGCCGCUGGGCCAACCGUGUCGCUGAAGUGAGGAGAGACUUGAUUUUGCCGCGACACCAUUCUUUUUCGGCGGCACUAAAUUUCAAUUUGUGCUCAUUAUUUUCCCGACAGACUGAUACAUGUUUAAUCAACCCUUUUUGUUGCAGUAGUAUCCUCGAAAUGACUCAGAAAUUCGACAAGCAACUGGAUUGGAUUCCUCUUCAAUUUAUGCUUGGGUAAGUUGACUUCUCUCUUCUUUUCACUGCUCACACACUCUUGUACGUCCCUAUAAACGUCACACUCUAACUCUAGUUUCUUUGUGACGAUAGUUGUGGAUCGAUGGAAACACAUCUUCCACAACAUUGGUUUCAUCGACAACGCGGCGUUGCGAUUGGCCACGUACAUGGACGGCGAGGAUCCGUAUCACAAGACGGUGCGAAGGAACAUCAUCCGAUACAUGUGCUUGUCUCAGAUCUUGGUGCUUAGAGAUAUUGCGGUGCCGGUGAGGAAGCGAUUUCCGACCUAUGAAGCCAUUGUGGAAGCAGGUAAGCCCUGGAAAGUCGGAGGCUAUAACCUCCGGCGGAGGCGGCACAGGGACUUCGUUUUUGGAAUCCGUAUUUUUAAGCGCCAUUAAUUUUUGUCUAUAAAAUAUCAAGAUUUUAAAGUGAAAACUAAGGUCGCUACGACCAUCUGAAGUAGGGGCAUUCCUACCCCGAAACCAGUGUUUUUCGGUUGAAAAUGACCGUGGCGUGCGACCGGAAAGUUUAGCCGAAAUGAGGGUAUCGCCUCCUCGAAAGAAACAGCUUGUUUCAUCUGCAGUGGUGGCCGAGGGAAUCAGUUUUAUGGUCGCAGACGCUUCACGUUUCAAACCUACUAAGUCCCGUUCCAAAGUCCGUUUCCGGAAAAUGUGAUUUCCCUUGUCAGUCCGUCGGGAAAAUAAUGAGAACAUUGUCGCUGCGCCGAUAGUGCCGCUGAAGUGAAAAGCAAUUUGAUUUGGCCGCGACGCAAUUCAUUUUCCCGGCGGCGUUGCGAUUUUCGAUGCGACAGAGUGCUCAUUAUUUUCCCGACAGGAUAACACACACAAAAAUUACUAAAUUUUGUUUCAGGUUUUAUAAACAAAUCCGAACUGGAGAACUUCCGCCGUCUGGACAAUGGCUUCGCGCGCUAUUGGGUCCCAAUCAACUGGUGCUAUCAUUUGGUGCGGGAACAGCGAGAGAAGCAAAACUUCCCAUGCGAUUUGUUCUGUCACUCCGUUGUUGAGGAGCUCCGAACCUUCCGCGAAAACUUGCAACAGCUCACGAACUACGACUGGGUACCCGUUCCGCUGGCCUAUCCGCAAGUCGUAUUUCUCGCCGUGCGCGUCUACUUUAUCAUCUGUCUGUUUUCGAGGCAGUACACAACAAGGCCCGACUUCAGCACUGAAUGGUACGUGAUCGUCCAAAAUGUGAUCCCGAUUAUGACGGCGCUGCAAUUCUUCUUCUGCAUGGGAUGGCUGAAGGUGGCUGAGGCGUUGUUGAAUCCGUUGGGGUGAGGGUUUAGCGAGAAAACAAAAUAUAUUAUUUUUGCUAAAAAAAAAAUAUUAUUUUUGCUUUUUAGAGAGGACGACGACGACUUUGAAACAAAUUUCAUCAUCGACAGAAACUUGGCUGUAAGUUUUUUAUGCUCUAAACAAACCUUAGGUUACUGAUUUUUUACUAGUCCGUCCGUGAAGUCGCUGGAGUGAUUUUGACGACAUGCACUGUGCAAAAACAAAACUUCACUUUUUACUGUGUAAUCUAUUGUUUCUUGCACCGUGCAACAGGCUUUUUUGGGCUGUCACUGGCAUCCCGAGUUUUUCUGCACAGUGAAAUGUUUAUGUCGAGAGGCCCGGGCAACCACACGAUAAGACGAGAAGCUCGAGUUCAAGUGAUUUACUGAGUGAAAAGCGGUCCUUAUAUAGGGAGAUCCCACGUAGAAAAGUACAAUCAAAUUUGAAUAAUAAAUCAUGAUUCCGGGGGAAUCGGGCUCAAAGUUCGGUCGUUCCGCCUCACAGUUUACACUGUAAUAAAAACGCCAAAGAUCGCUCCAGCGACUUCAACAGGCAUGGCAAAAUGGGCCUGCCCCGUGAGACCUUCGGCCCGGCAUAUAUAGUACCUGUAUAUCCAACAGGCUCAAUCUACCACCUUCAAUUACAAUUUUAUCAACGACUCUUCUUCUUCAUCCCGACUGAAGAAAUUUUCUUUUCUAUAAAAGGCUGGGCUCAAGGGGCCCGAAAAAUUCUUUGGCCUCUGACCUGGCCCAAAAAAUUUUUGCACGGCCCAGCUCCCCUGCCAUGUUUGGACUAUCUGUCUGUCAGGAAAAUAACGGCAUCGUCGCGCUAUGGAAUCGGGCAUCAUCCCUUUGCGACGGAAAGCCGCGGCUGGGGAUUUGGUGCGCGAUAGCGGCGAGGCGAGACAUUUUGUCGCGACUAGCCGCCGCUAUUUUCCCGACCGACUGAUAUGCGAACGGUCCAGUAAAAAUAAGCAGUCGGUUUUCAAUUCCUUUGGUAUUUUAUAUUUUAAAAAUUUAUCCCACCUCCCAACAUUUUUCAGAUUGGUCUCGCCAUUGUGGACGACUGUCGAAAGUGCGUACCAGUUCAAAUCCGCGACAUGUUCGGAAGCGGCGAUCGCGCGCUAGACGUGACUAGCGGCAAGGUCGAGGUGCAUCCUCUAAUCGGGUCCGCCUCCGAAUUGGUGGUGGACGAAGCGAACCCCGACCAUCGGAAGAGCAGCAUCUCGAGCGUCAACCAGGGCCUGCGCAACUUGAAGCAGCAAGUACAGAGGAGGUAAGGGGGUAAAAUAAAUUUAUUUAUUAUAAGGUUUCGUCACCUUAUAAAUAAUUUUUAUAUGGUUUAAAAACACUUUUCGUAAAAAAGAUUCAAAGUUUUUUUCCAUUUUCAGGCUAAGUCGAACAUAUUCUUCGUCCGUGCAACCGACAGUUGAAGACUUGGAGAAAGCCGGCGUUCAGCUCACGGAGGACGACAUAAAACGACUAAAAGAGCGACGAGGGACGACUGCCGGAGGUAGGCGUUUAUUUUGCGGCGGAUCCUCACCCCCGGUUCACGCUAAAAAUCGCGCCGUGAGUACUGGCGCGGUUACUUUGCGAUUACUUUGCUAAUGUUUUUCGGUGCAAAAAUAGCUGAUACGAGCUUGCUAAAAGCUUCAAAAAAAUUGAAAAACUACAAAAAACAGCUGCAAAUGAACGCAGUUUUAACGUGACCGCCAUAUGGUACGAUUAGAAAACAUUUCCCCUUGUUUCUUCAUAUUUAUCAGUCUGUCUGGAGUGCUCAUUAUUUUCCCGACAGCCUGCUAUCUCUGAUACCUACACGUCGAACACUUACCUCAUCUUUUCAGCGGUAAAUCUCGCCACUCUGGACGAAGAUGAAGAGACCAGUUCUAUAGAGGAAAAGGACCAGAAAGAAAAAGAGAAUGGCCGAAAGAACCUGUGA